GGCAUAUUAUUGUUCUAUCACAUCCUCUUCUCUUGCUUGCGCUUCUAUUCUACACUGUAUCAGGGGAAUCAUCAUGACCAAAAACUAUGGCUUCCUUAUCUGCAUACUUGUCAUUGUCUUGGAUAUUGUUGCUGGCAUACUCGGAAUUGAGGCAGAAAUAGCUCAAAACAAGGAGAAGCACAUGUGGGUGUGGAUAUUUGAGUGUAGGUACCCAAGCUAUCAAGCUUUCAAGCUAGGAUUGGCAGCUGCCACAUUCUUGGCACUUGCUCAUGUAAUUGCUAACUUGCUUGGCGGAUGCAUUUGUGUUUGGUCUAAAGAACAAUACCUAUCCGCCACAGCAAAUAGGAAAUUAGCAGUGGCUUUUCUAAUUUUCUCGUGGGUGGUGUUAGCCGUUGCAUUGUCCAUGCUCAUGAUAGGCACAUUAGCAAACUCAAGAUCCAGAAAAUCUUGUGGCAUGUUUAGCCGUCAUUUCCUAUCCAUAGGAGGCAUUCUGUGUUUCAUCCACGGAUUGUUCACUGUUCCCUAUUACGUUUCUGCCACAGCUACCAAAAGGGAUGAAAAGAGGCCUGAAAAUGCCAGCCACACACUUGAUCAUCUCUAGUUAAUUUCCAAAAUCAAAAUACUAAUUGCUAAGUGUACAUUUUUUUUAUGUCCUUUUAUGUUUAACUAAUUACACAAAUUGUUUGACUGAAUGGAGAGGUCCAUUUUUAACUGAUGUACAAACAAUUAAUGUUAAAGUAAUUAGCAGGAGGCAAAAAUAUCAA